GAGUUAUUUCGGCGCUGGCGCACAUUCGCGAGCCACUUGCCGUUGCAACCUCACCAAUAACUGCACCCUGUACUGUCAGUUACCGGACAAAGACAAAAUGAAAGUGCUGUACAUUUUUUUGUUCUGUGUUGUCUGUGCUCAAGCUAAAGUGACGCCGGACUACUUCCCAUCAUGCAAAAGGAGCGACCCUCAGAUAGAGAAGUGCGUCCUGAACGGGCUAGAAGCCAUGAGGCCGCACCUCAAGGAAGGGAUACCUGAGGUGAACAUCCCCGCACUGGAUCCCUUCACCGUGCCCACGCUGAAGCUCGACAGAACAGCCCCCAAUCUGAGGAUAAAGGCUACUGUGAAGCAGGCGAAGGCUUACGGUGGAAGCGACUUCAAGAUUGAAAAGCUGAAACUGAACCUGAACAACAAAUAUGCUGGCGAGAUGAAGAUCACGCUACCCAAGCUGAUGGUGGUGGCCAACUAUGACGUGCGCGGCUCCCGCCUCCUCGCUCUCGACAUCAACGGCAAGGGACGCAUCCGAGGAAACUUCACUGGCAUCACAGUGGUUGCGAAGGGCUUCGCUAAACCCAUCAACAAGGAGAACGUGGAGUACCUGCAGGUGGACAAGCUGGUCUCCAAGGUCAGGAUCAACCACGCACAGAUCGCCAUCGAUGAGACUGAGAGACCUGUUGCCGCUGCAUCAGCAGCCUCAUUCUUCAACGCCAGCCCCAACGUGGUCCUGGACAUCUUGAACCCCCUCAUCGAGGAGACGACAGCCGCCGUCAUCAAGGCGUUCGUCAACAAGGUGCUGGGCAGCAUACCUAUAUCGGAGGUGUUGACUGAUGAUGCACCGGCGGCUUAGGAGAUAAGUCUGUAGUGUAGGAUUAUGUAUGUAGCGAGAUCUAGGAUGUAGUGAUUGAAUUGUGAAGGGUUGUGUUAAAAGUAUUAUGAAUUUGUUAAUGUAUUUUUUUUAUACGGACUCACUAGACUAGAGGUGUACCCAACUUGGUACUAUUCACUAGACUAAGUGUAUAUUCUAUCUUAUUUUUUAUUAUUUCAUGUACCUUUCUUUAUGCUUUAGCAAGUUGUAACUCAAACAAGCAAGUUAUGCAACCCUUCUCACAUAAUAUUAAGUUAGUUAAGUAACUGUAGGUAGAAUAUUUAUUGAUUACAAAUAUAUAUUGUCAACUUGUCAAGGACCAGUUGGUAAAUAGUUGUGAGACCAUGACGUUAAUAAUUAAUGUUAAAAUAGAUCUAGUUUGAACAUUUUUGUGCAAUAUUUUUUGCUGUUGUUGAGCGGUAGCCAUCUUGGAUUUGGCAAUUAAAGGACUGGAGAUGAAUUGACAAUGAAAUUUUGAUCACAAUUAAUAUAAUUUUGGUAUGAAAACCAGUAAAUUAUGAUGUGGCAAAGUGGUAAAUGAAACUAGUACCUAGUUGAUAAAUUGGUUAACCAGUCUCGUACCUGCUUGAUUUGAUCAAGGCUGUCAAUUAAGUUAAGUUUGUAAAUAAAACAAAAGAAAAACG